AUGGAUCAUGGUUUUCAACAGUCUGAUGCAAAUCCAUCUCUAUUCACAAUGAAAGAUAAAGAUACUUUUAUUAUCUUAUUGGUGUACGUAGAUGACAUGGUACUUGCAACUAAUGAUCUUACUAAGAUAAAGUCUUUUACAGAUUUUCUACACUCACAUUUUAAGCUAAAGGACUUGGGGCCAUUACAACUUUUCCUUGGUUUUGAGGUAGCAAGAUCUACAAAGGGGAUUGCAGUGUGUCAACAAAAGUAUGCUUUGGAGUUGUUGGAGGAGACUGGGUUGUUCGGAGCAAAACCAUCUCACAUUCCCAUGGAUCCUAGUAUAAAACUCUCAAACUUUCAAAGAGCUUUAUUUACGGACGUGAGCCAGUACAGGCGUUUAAUUGGGAGACUGUUAUAUUUGACUCACACUAGGCUUGAUAUAGCCUAUAGUGUUCAUGUUCUUAGCUAG